AAGAACAAGCUGUUGUAGCGCACGCCUCCAAGCUAAACAGUUGACACAGAUUAUAUAGACCUGCGAUGACUCACAGUCACACGGAAGUCGCAAGCCUUAUUUUCAACCUGUGAAAAUGGACACUAAGUUUGGUUAAUCUACAAAUCUGUAGCACCUUUGGAUAAAGUUACAACAGAGUGAAACAAGAGCUGUGAAGUUGGAACGGAAAAUACCCUCUAAAAUAGACUAGAGUAACCAGGAAUAGGUUCUGAUAAAAAAAAAAAAAAUCCUGAGCAAACGGAAAUGAUUUCUGGAUAGUAUCUGAGCAAAAAAUGGUUUCUGCGGAAACAGUGGUUCCCGGACAAAAGCAACGUUUCUGAGUAAACAUUAGUUUCUGAGCAUACAACAAUAGUUUUAAAGCAAACAACAAAAGAUCCCGAGCAAGAGUGAAAUGGUUUCUAAACAGUUGGUGAACGUUCCGGUGAAAACAGUUAUAGUCUGAGCAAACGACUGUAUAGUUUCUGAGCAAAUAACAAUGGCUUCUGAGCAAACAACGUCUUCUGAGCAAAGAACAAUAAUUUCUGAGCAAACGACUGUAUAGUUUCUGAGCAAUCAACAAUGGUUUCUGAGCAAACGACUAUAUUUUUUGAGCAAACAAAAGUGGCUUGUGAGCAAACAACAAUGAUUUCUGAGAAAAUGAUUGUAUAGUUUCUGAACAAACAAGUGGUUUCUGAGCAAACAACGUCUUCUGAGCAAACAAUGUUUUUUGAGCAAACGACUGUAUAGUUUCUGAACAAACAAAAGUGGCUUCUUAGCAAACAACAAUGGUUUCUGAUUAAACAACGUCUUCUGAGCAAACAAUGUUUUUUGAGCAAACGAUUGUAUAGUUUCUUAACAAACAAAAGUGGCUUUUUAGCAAACAACAAUGGUUUCUGAGUAAACAACGUCUUCUGAGCAAAGCAAAAUAGGUUCUGAGCAAACGACUGUAUAGUUUCUUAGCUAACAAAAGUGGCUUCUCAGCAAACAACGAUGGCUUCUGCAACAGUCGUUUCUGAGCAAACGACAAUGGCUUCUAAACAGCCGACUGCCGAGGGAUGGUGUAAUGGCGAUGACGAGACUGCUCCAUUACUCGACACAAAUACGCCAACCGUUUGUGGAGAACUGUAUACUGCAGACCAAACGAGUGGCAACAGUUCCCUACAGACGAUACACGUAUAUGGUGUUCGUUGGUAUGUUCUCGGCCUGUUUUCAUUGUUCAGCCUUGCACAGUCUUUGAUUUGGAACUGUUUUGGUCCCAUUUCGCAAUCGGCCAAACUCGUGUUUGACUGGACAGACGGCACAAUAGGGAUGUUCCCAAACGCGGCGAAUAUUGCCAGUAUCAUUUUUAUGGUGCCCAUUGCCUACCUCAUGGAUGUUAAAGGUCUGAGAGUCUCUGUGCUCGGGUGUUGUUUUUUGAUGGCUGUCGGAACUGGUCUGCAGUGUAUAACUAGUCAGCCCACAGCAGCUACAUGGCUUAUUAUGAUAGCCCAAAUAUUAAAUGGAAUAUCCGGCACUGUAGCAUGUGCAGGCCCGCCCCUCGUGUCAGCCACGUGGUUUCCAUCCAAUCAAAGGGCUACAUCAACUGCCAUCUCAUCUAUAUUUUCGUAUCUGGGCAUGGCCAUAUCCUUUCUUGUUGGUCCUCUACUGGUUCCGCCACCCACUGACAUAAAAACCAACAACGUAACGGAAGUAUUCAGUACGUUUGUGCCAACAAAUGAAAAACGUUAUUGGCCAAUAGUGAAUAUAACAGAGGCACUGGAUAUCAAAACCCAAAGAGAUGCAAUUAUGAAAGUCAUGUACUAUGAGUGUGGAUUUGCGUGUCUUCUGCUCGUUCUUCUUUGUGUCUACUUUCCCGCCAAGCCAGUUACCCCACCCAGUAUCACGGCAUCCAUUGGACGGACAGAUUAUGUGACUGGGUUGCGUAAAAUCGUCAAACAUGGUCAGUUUUGGCUGGUGGCCCUGGCCUACAGUAUUCCAGUGGGGUUGUACUCGGGGUGGUCGGCCGUGCUGGACAUCAACCUAAGCAGCAUCAAUAUAUCUCAGGAUGAAGCCGGCUGGUUGGGAUUUUAUUCCACAGUGGGCGGAUGUCUGGCAGGUGUUACGAUUUCCAGAGUUGCUGAUAUCUUCCUACGUCGCCUGAAACUGUUUCUCUUGGUGUUGCUAGUGCUGGCCAGCGGCUCCGUCGCCUGGUUCACCUGUCUGUGCUUCUCCUAUUUACCUUUUAAUACAGUUAGUCUCUACAUAUCGUGUAUUUUGAGUGGCAUCUUCAUCACCGGUUCCACACCACUGUUUUUCGAGCUGGCUUGUGAAGUGACCUACCCUAUAGCAGAGGGCAUCACAUCGGCCUUUUUGAACAUGCUUAACUCUGCCUUGGGCAUGGUGUUUCUCAGCGUAUUGCAGAUACCACUAAUAGGUAAAACAUGGAUGAACUGGUUUUUACUUGGUGCUACUGUGGUUGCUAUUCCACUGUUACUGGUCUUCAAAGAGACGUAUGCACGGACGGAUAUUGACCUGUCACAACCAACCAGCAAACGUGUAACAGUUCCCCAGCCGGACGAACGAGAGGAAAAUCUAUAUUCUCACACAAACAAUGGCAGAGAUGUUGAACGUUUAAUGCAGCCAAUAGCAUAGAAUGGGGACAGGGUCCAUGCGUAUCAAACAUUUUUUAAGAGUCCAUACCAGGGGUGGGGAAAAGUCCUUUUCCCCCGGUCUGGGUCCGAUUCUUGAUCUCUGAGACCGAAAUAAUUUUUAAAAAAACGUGCAUUUGCCGGUCCCACUUUUGUCAUUCUUGUCGGUCCGAAGCACCCGUCCAUUUCUAUUACUGAAACAAAUUCCUAUCGGUCAAGUGGACCGGUCAGCCCAGACAUCGGUAUCUCGUGCAUGAUUUAAAAUAAUAAAUAAAUAGUGGUCAAUAGUGGUCUGGUGUUUCAGAUGUUUGUGAUUUUAAAGUCUGCCUAAGUAUAUCGCCAGUCACUGAAGUCGGACCUACAGUAGUGUCAAUCGACUGCCACUAGGCUACACAUUUGUCAAAGUCUCUGAGUCGGUCAAGAGAUUACACAG